UCGGCCCGCCGAGGCAGCAGCAGCCGAGAUCUCAGCCUGUCCCCAGAGUUGGGGGUGGGGGUCGGCAUGGGCGGUGGUGGCAGCGGCAGUGACGGCUCCGCGCGGCGGUGGCGGCGAUGAGCUUCGAGGAGGACGAUGGGCACGGCCGUCUCCAAACGCCGCUCGCUCCGCAACGAGGCCGUGGCGUCGGUGGCGGCCAAAGUCAGAGCGGCAAGGGCUUUCGGAGAUUAUCUCUCUCAGAACCAUCCGGAAGGCCAGAAUGGUUCAGAUCACCUGCUUGCUGAAUCCUAUGUUGGGCAGGAGGACUCCCCAGAUAUGCACCAGGGAGCCCAGAACAAGCGCCGCCUGUCCCUCAUUUCUGAUGGCAAAUUUGAACGCAGCUUCUCAGAGGAGCGUGGCGAGAAGCUGGCCGGCGAGGGGCCCAAACCACGGGUCUACACUAUCUCCGGGGAGAGGCCUAUGCUCUCCCAACACCAGAGUGAGAGUAUGGAGCUGGUGGUCAUCAAAGGGGCUGAGGCUGAGGAGGAAGAGGAGGAAGACUGCUCCCAGGGCCAGCCUCUCCAGAAUGCGGUCAGCUCCCACAACAUUGGGAGGCACUGCAAAGGGAGCUGGGCAAGCAGCCGCCAGGUCUCCAAGGAGUGCCCAAGCUGCAACCACCUGGCUGCGCCUUCCCAGCACGCCUUCGACAUAGAGCAUUCUCAUCCCCACCACCCCCAUCACCACCACCACCACCACCACCAGGCCGGCGAGACUGGCUGGCGCCGGAAAAAGCUGGAGAGAAUGUAUAGCAUUGACCGCGUGUCAGAUGAUGUCCCCAUCAGAACUUGGUUUCCCAAAGAGAACCUCUUCACUUUCCAAACAGCUACAACAACUAUGCAAGCCAUCUCGGCAUUCAGGGGCUACGCGGAGAGGAAGAGGCGGAAGCGGGAGAAUGAUUCUGCGGCUCUGAUCCAGAGAAACUUCAGGAAGCAUCUGCGGAUGGUGGGGAGCCGCCGCAUGAAGGCGCAGACCUUUGCCGAGCGCCGAGAGAGGAGCUUCAGCCGGUCCUGGAGCGACCCCACUCCCAUUAAGCCCGAAAACCUCAAUGAUUCCCGAGAAACUCAUUUCCUCCAAGGUGCCCAAAGCUGAGUAUGUUCCAACGAUCAUCCGCCGGGAUGACCAGUCCAUUAUCCCCAUCCUUUAUGAUCACGAGCAUGCCACCUUUGACGAUAUUUUGGAGGAAAUUGAGAAGAAGCUGAACAUCUAUCGGAAGGGCUGCAAAAUCUGGAAGAUGCUGAUUUUUUGUCAGGGCGGUCCAGGCCACUUGUACCUUCUGAAGAAUAAAGUUGCCACAUUUGCAAAAGUGGAGAAGGAGGAAGACAUGAUCUAUUUCUGGAAGCGGCUGGGCCACCUGAUGAGCAAGCUGAACCCGGAGCCAAACAUCAUUCACAUAAUGGGGUGCUACGUGCUUGGGAACCACAAUGGAGAGAAGCUGUUCCAAAAUCUGAAGAAUCUGAUGAACCCCUGCCGAGUUACUUUUGAAUCUCCUCUCGAACUCUCUGCUCAAGGGAAGCAAAUGAUCGAGACUUACUUCGAUUUCCGCCUUUACCGCCUCUGGAAGACCCGCCAGCACUCCAAGCUCUUGGAUUACGACGACAUCUUGUGAGCCAAGCAAGUGGUGGCUGAGAGUGGGUUGGUUUUAUUGGAGUCCCAAGUGCCGUGCAGAGGGAAAGAGAGAGACCUUUUCGCAGGCACAGGGGAGGCCUUAGGAGCCCCGUCAUGGGUGGUAGUUUGUGCUGCAGAGCAAAACAGGAGUGUUGUCGGGACGUCGGGAGACUUGGAGCGUGCAGCCUGCUUACCUGGAGUGCAGUGUCUGAUGGAGGGAGCACUGUUGGAGCAGGACAGGAUAGGAGUAUCCUCGUGGAACUGAGCUGAUUUUUUGAUCACGAAGGGCCAAACUCCAUUGCAGGUCCUUUUAAAACAGACAUUCCAAGCUCAGGUUUUCUUAACUACAAAAACUCAUCAUCUUUUAUUCGCCCUCCCCCCUUUCUUCUCGUGCUACCAGAAUGGGGGAAACAUUGCCUGUGUGCAAUGCCUUGUGGUUUCAUGUACGGGUGUUGCCUCUUCUUUUGCAGGCAAAGGAACACCAUGCUCAACCCUGCGUGCUUUUGAGAUGUGAGGUCCGAAAUGGUUCGAAAUGGAUUAAAGGAAGUUCAGACUUUAAAAUCUUGUCCAUUUUAAUAGGAUAUAUAUACAUAUAUAUGUGUUUGUGUGUGUGUACACACACACACACACACACACACACACACACACACACACACUUUUUUACAUGAAUAGAGGGAAUAUUUAAUUAGCUAAUGCUGUAAACACACAUCAGUAACUAAUAGAUGAGAUAUUUUUGGUCUGCUUGAAAAUAUAUUUGAAAUAGGAAUAUAUCUUCUGUAGACAUACCGUAUAUAUAUAUAUAUAAUCACCAGCAGGAUGGUUUUCUCACACGCUUUUUUCCAGCAGACCUGCAUGUCUGCCGUUACUUGGUUUCCAGGUUAGCUGUGGAGGGACGCUUUUCAAUUAUGGGCUCUCAUAAGAGGGUCAAGGUGUCCUUGCAAGCAAAUUUCUGAUUUGCAGCUUGGCGAAAUGUUCUUUUGCCAGCCUUUUUUUCCCUUUAGAUAUACAACAACAUGGCCAAGAAGGAUCUUGGUCUGUUUCCACAAGUAGAUAUAUUGCAAACUAGAAAUGAAUAGCCAUCUUUCAAAAGACUCUCUCUUGCUGCACUUAACCUAGUUGUUUGGGUUUUUUUCUCUCUCUGAAAGAUGGCUGCUGUAUAAGGAUCAGGGAAAUGUCUGCUAGAACAUCUUAGUUACAGAGGAAAUUUCAUUUGCUUGUGUAUGGUUCAGAAUUCCAACAUAGGGAUAUGGUGUCCAUUUCUCCUCCCCUUCUUUUGCACAGAGAAGGGAAUUUGCUGGUAGCAAACUGGCUCUUAACUACAUACUGGGCUUGUCUAUUAUCUGUGAUUGAUCGUAGUUUGGAUGAUCCAGACCUGUGCUUAUUUACCUUUUGGAAGAAGUGCUGUGACAUAGCCACAUUUUAGGUUUUUUGUGGUCCUCCUACCUCUUCAGGUGAUAUGAAUACCUGAGGAACCUGCACUUUGUGACAAAGGUGUAGUCUCCCUGGUUAUUUUGGGUGGAAUUUCCUCGUCUUUUUUCUUUCCAUGAAGUGGAAAGUACUUCGGAAGCACUCAGUUAGCCUCCCCUAUUUUUCUUAGUUUCUAAGAAGAUUGUGAAGUGAAAACAAGUAUAUAUGCACUGUAAGUCUUUCUUGUGGUAAAAUGAAAACCCCACUUUAACAAGCCCACCACCCCACGUUCUCCACUGUUGUGAUGGUCUCCAUGCACCCUUGCUAUCUAUACCAUUGCCAAGGCAGAUGACAGAACCGCAACCCUCAUUGUCUCCCCAUAUUUAUGCUACAAAAGCUGUUCUGAGAAGCGGUGUUGACGAGAGCAUCCCAGGUAGCAAGAGGGUGCUGCUGUAAAAAUCCACACUGUUCAAAUGGCAAUGGGUGUUUUGGAUUUUGGAAUUUUCCUGUUUCAAUCAUAAAGAACUUUUUUAAUACAGUAGGUUCCUUUUAAAAAACAAAACCUGAAGGGUUUGUUUUUGUUUUUGUAAAUCUGUACAGCGACUGUAUUCUACAACCUGUCAUUUUAUCUGUCAAUGGCAGUCCUUCAUUGAGAACCGUACACAGGAUAACAUAAAUUUCAAUAUUGCGCUGGAGGGAAAGAUCCAAGUGGGGGAAUUUGUGGGUCUCUCUCUCUCUCUCUCUCUCCCCCUCCCUCUCCCUCUCUCUCUCUUUCCCCCCCCUUCUCUCUCUCUCUCUCUGUGUGCGUGUACCCCCUAAAAACCUAAAGAUCUGAAGUGGAAAAGUAGUUGGAAAUAACUAUUCAAGAACAAAAGUUAGUCAGUUUAGGAAAAGCAUUAACUCAAGACUGUUUAACCCACAUAGUUGGCUCAUUGCUGUCUGUUAUGCAAAGCAGGGGGCAAGGCUUUGAUUCUAUUUUUUGCUUUUCUCAGACACUGUCGAGCAAAUACUUAAUUAAGCAAAGGACUUUUUUUUUCUUUAAAAGGGGUGAGGGGGUGGGGAGUGGAAAGGAUUUACCAUCUGAACUCAGCUGUGCCACCAGGGGGCAACCAAACACUUCUUCCCUAGCACAAAGCCUCUGCGUAGAGGUGAGGGUAGUGGCAGUGUUUGGCGGGAUGGGGACCGCUUCAUACAUGAUGCUUUUCACACACAGGAAAUCUCAGCAUGAAAAGAAGCUGAGUGCAGAACCUGCGUUGUGCUGUAUGUCACAGAUCAGGCGGCCAGCAUGGCAUCUGCCUGGUCCAUAAACUUUUUUUUUUUUGGCACAAGGAAAUCACACUUAAAGAGUCUGAUCCAGCAGUCAGUCUCCCAGCAAGCACCCCUUGAAUGACCCUGCAGAGAAGCUGGUGAGCAGGGUGUACAAUGGAGGUAGAAGCCACUGCAACUUCACCUCUAGUAUCCAAAUAUCUAAGGUAGACUGCUUGCAAACAACAGGCUCUGUUUUUAGUCCUCGUGGCUGAUAACCACUGAUAGGCUUGGCCUCCAUAAAUCUGUCUAGGCCAGGGUGGUCAAAGUGGGCUGCAAGGGCACUUUGACACAGAACUCACAGGCCACACACUGCCCUUGUCAUUCAGAGCGGUGACACACACACACACACACACACACACA